CAGGCAGCAUUUUUCUUUGUGCUGUAGCACAUGGAUUUCAGGACUGGGACUGAGGAGCUACUCCCUGAUAUCUGCACCAAGACAGAAGUGAAAUUGACAAAGACAGGAAUUUGUUUGCUCCAAGAUGGAACUCAAGAGCCUUUUGAAGUGCGAUUGCACUUAGCAAAGGACAUUUUAACAAUUCAGGAGCAAGAUGUUAUCUGUGUGUCUAGUGAAGCCUUCUAUUCUAGCGAAAGAACAGUUACAAUUAGAAGACAAACAAUUGGUGGAUUUGGGCUAAGUAUAAAGGGUGGAGCUGAACACAAUAUUCCAGUCAUUAUAUCAAAAAUCUCAAAGGAACAGAGAGCUGACCUAUCGGGCUUGCUGUUUAUUGGAGAUGCUAUCCUUCAGAUAAAUGGAAUAAAUGUUAGGAACUGCAAACAUGAAGAAGUGGUUCAAGUUCUGCGUAAUGCGGGGGAAGAAGUAACUCUCACAGUUUCAUUUUUAAAGAGAGCACCUGCCUUCCUGAAGCUCCCUCUGUAUGAAGACUGCACAUGUGUCCCCAGUGACCAAAGCAGUGGUACAUCUUCUCCACUUUGCGACAGUGGAUUGCAUCUUAACUACCAUCCAAACAAUACAGAUUCAUUAUCGUGUUCUUCAUGGCCCACAUCCUCAGGCCUAAAGUGGGAGAAGCGAUGGUGCGAUCUUCGGUUAAUCCCCCUUCUUCAUUCUCGUUUGUCACACUAUAUUCCAGGAACUGAUAUUUCCAGGCAAAAUGCAUUUCAAGUAAUUGCUGUGGAUGGAGUGUGCAGUGGUGUUAUUCAAUGUCUCACUGCUGAAGAUUGUAUAGAUUGGCUACAAGCACUGGCAAUUAAUAUAUCCAACCUUACCAAGCACAAUAUUAAAAAGAUAAACAGGAAUUUUCCUGUAAACCAACAGAUUAUCUACAUGGGCUGGGUAGAAGACCGGGAACCAGAUUCAUUGCAAGAUAAACUAUAUACACCAAAGUACUUAGCCGUGAGAGGCUCUUGCCUAUACAAAUUUACGGCACCUCCGGUGACUACAUUGGAUUGGACAAAAGCAGUGAGGAGUUACACAGUCUAUGAAAUUAUGUGCAAAAUUCUUAAGGACAGUGACCUGUGGGACCGGCGGAAGCACUGUUUUAGUGUUCAGACAGAAAAUGGAGAGGACCUUAUCUUCAGUGUGGAAUUAGAAUAUGAACUUAUUCUCUGGGAAAAGGCCUUUCAGACGGCAACCUUCUUAGAGGUGGAACGGAUGCAGUGUAAGACCUAUGCAUGUGUGCUGGAAAGCCACCUCAUGGGACUAACAAUAGACUUCAAUAUGGGAUUUGUAUGCUUUGAUGCUGCAUCAAAGGUUGUUCUCUGGAGAUAUAAAUUUUCACAGCUGAAAGGCUCUUCAGAUGAUGGGAAAAGCAAGAUUAAGUUUUUAUUCCAGAACCUCGACACUAAACAAAUUGAAGCAAAGGAGCUGGAAUUUUCCAACCUUUUUGCAGUACUGCACUGUAUACACUCCUUCUUUGCUGCCAAGGUUGCUUGCAUGGAUCCUCUCUAUGUUGGAAGUCAGCCUAUUGUUGGGAAGGCCAAGUACAGUAACUGACAGGCUUCUUUCUGUCCAUUUUGAAAGAAUCGUUGCUGCUCUGCUGAAGAUAAAUAUUUAACAUGUCACAGCCAUGAGGGAUUCUGAUACCAGGCUUCCAGUUCAGGAGAAAAGUUUGUCAGUUUU